AUGUUUGAUAAUAAUUAUUUCAGCCGUCAAAUUUAUUUCGAUCAUCCAGAAUUAGUUGUCAAUUAUGAUGGCAAAACAAAAGAAAUCGGUGAAGAAGAAAAUCCUUGUGUAACUAUUGUACAGAAAUAUGAUUCUGAUGAAUCCGGUGUCGUUUGGGAUUCGGCAUUAUUAAUGGCAAAGUAUCUAGAAUAUUAUUGCCAUUGUAAUCAACGAACAAUGAUCGAUUCAAAUGUAAUUGAGCUUGGUUCUGGUACUGGAUUCGUUGGAAUAUGGUGUGCUACAAUGGGUGCAUCAGUCAUGUUAACUGAUCUUCAGGCUAGCAUUCCAUUAAUCAAAUUGAAUAUUGAAAAAAAUUCCUCAUUAUUGAGCAAUGACCAAGUUCAAGUUGAAUCAUUUGAUUGGCUGGAUCAAUCAGUAUUUCAAUGGCAAUUUUUACGCUGGAAACCAUUGGAUCAAAUUGAUUAUAUUCUCAUGUCGGAUUGUAUUUAUUAUGAACAAGGAAUGUUGGCCUUGUUUCAAUUUAUCAGAUGGUUAUUUGAAACAUUAAUGAUCAAUCGACCAUCAUCAUCAAGUCAUCAUCUACAAAUACUAAUCUCUUAUGAAGAUCGUGAUGAAAAAAUAUCCCUAUGUAAUGAUUUUUUCCAAAAAUUGAAGCAAUGUAAGCAUUUAAAAUGUGAAAUUAUCACCAAUGAAAAACUACAUCCUGAUUAUCAAUCGAAUGAUUUACAUUUAUUAAGAAUUGCAUAUUCUAAUGAAUUUUAA